CAGCUCACAGGCAUCGCCACAGCAACAGUGUUUUCUCAGCUAAGAAGAGCUCCUAUGAACCUGUACUUAAACACAAGAGGGCCAGUGUAACCCAGCAUUUUGGAGUAAACAUAACGGCAUGGAAAAGCUAACUGUGCUUAAGUAAAGGUGCCUGACCACACAACCUCAUAGCCUCACCAACCGCCACUUUUCCACCAAGAUGGACACAAUGCUGACAUCCACUUGCAACAGAUCUGCUGCUGUUUUUUCACUAUGAGGGACCUACCACACAUCUCCAUCACCUUCACCAAACCUGGACUGUUAAAGAGGCAAAACGAAACGAACUGGACUUGAAAACUUUAACUGCAAAUUGUCGGAAGGAGAGUUUGAAACCAUCGUCUUUAGGAGUUAUUUAUUGCAUUUUUUCCGCCAUGUUUAUAAAUCUCCGUCGCUUUCGUAAACUCCAGAUCGCUCAAGUGCUGACCACCGGUUUGGUUCUCAGCGUUGUUAUGCUUUGCUGGGAGGAAUUGGACCAUCACGUCGUAAGCCACGUCCGUUCCUAUUCCUACCGCUACCUGAUCAACAGCUACGACUUCCUCAACUCUUCGUACACGCUGAGUCCGAAUGAUCGUCAACGGAGAUUUGGGAAUUUCUUAGCUCCAACGCCUUUGCAUCCGUACCUUAUAAACCAAUUGGAAAAAUGUAGCGACAGUGACGACAUCCUUCUGCUUUUGUUGGUGAAAUCGUCUCCAGAGAAUGAUCAACGGCGACGCAAUAUCAGGGAAACUUGGGGGAACGAGGACAAUAUUCUAAAGAAUUUGGACGCAAACGUUAAAAUUGUCUUCGUUCUUGGUGUGCAUCCAGAUACGACGCAAAGAAGUAAGAGUCAAGCACGCAUCAGAAAAGAAAAUCGGAUUUACAACGACGUCAUCCAGCAAAACUUUAUGGAUACUUUUCAUAACUUAACUACCAAGCUGAUCAUGCAGUUCCAUUGGUUCGCCAAGCACUGCCCCAAAGCCAAGUUCGUCAUGUCCGCCGAUGACGAUAUUUUCGUUCACAUGCCGAAUAUGGUCAGAUAUUUGAGAAGUUUGGAGGAAAAGAGUGUGACUAACUUCUGGGUGGGGCAUGUACACAGGGGUUCUCCUCCAAUCAGACGUCAGAACAACAAAUAUUACGUCUCAGUGGAGUUGUACCCGUGGCCUUCAUACCCGGACUACACAGCUGGGGCGGGUUACGUGGUUUCCAGAGACGUAGCAGCAAAAAUCCACCAAGUUUCGCAGAUCUUAAACUCUUCCAUGUACAUCGAUGACGUUUUCAUGGGGAUGUGCGCGCAAGCUAUCGGAGUUUCCCCCCAGGAUUAUGUGUUUUUUUCGGGAGAGGCUAUUACGAGGUAUCACCCGUGCAUUUACGCAGAUAUGAUCACUUCGCACGGACACACGGACGACGUGAAGGAGCUGUGGAAAGAGGCGACACAUCCCAAAGUGAAGGAACUGUCCAAAAGUUUUCUGAAGAACUUGUACUGUACAGCGGUGAAGAUGGCAUUGUUGUGUUUACCUCAUAAGCAAAAUACGUACGGAUGCAUGGGAGCGUUUACGAAUACAUAAGAAAGGAGAAGGUUAGAUAAUAUGUCGUGCUGUCCUUUACAAUUUCAGUGUUGUGUAAAUGUAACAUGGAAGUCUUGGAAUAAAAUGAAGAUAUUUAAGCACUGAA